UACGAGUGACAAAUGUUUUCUGUUCUCGUGUGUAGAUUCAACUGAAAAUUCCAAAAACAUUUGAAAACUAAAAAAGCUCUCGAUUGAAAAAUAGAAUACUAAGCAAAUCGUGUAUUUUUCACUAGUAACUAUAAAACUAGUUCAAAUACAACCGCUGUACUUGCUUUCUUAUUCCGUAUUUUUCAAUAAUUUUUACAUCUGUGACGCCGGUCUUGUUGCUUGUAUAUCUACAUAAUUUCCGCAGCAGCUUACGGAAAUGGCUAACAUGUUGGAAAAUCAAUUGUUGACUACUGCUCAAAUGAUUGAAAAGCAGUUGGAUCAACAGAUUAAUCAGUUGGAUAACUUAGAUUCAGAUGAUUUGAAAUCAAUACGUGAAGAACGUCUCAAGCAAAUGAAAGAUCUUAAUCGUAAAAAGCAGGAGUGGCUGAAAAAUGGUCACGGCACAUACACCGAGUUAGCUGACGAGAAAGAGUUCUUUGAAGUAUCUAAAAAGUCGCCAAAUAUAGUGUGUCAUUUCUAUCGAGACUCCACAGAGCGGUGUCGCAUUGUUGAUAUGCAUUUAAAAAUACUUGCUAGCAAGCACAUUGAGGCGAAAUUCUGUAAAGUGAAUGCUGAAAAAUCACCUUUCUUAACUCAAAGACUGCGCAUUAAAGUAAUCCCCACGAUUGCAUUAGUUAAGGACAGUAAAACAAAGGAUUUCAUUGUGGGAUUCACUGACUUGGGUAACUGCGAUGAUUUCUCUACAGAAAUGUUAGAGUGGCGAAUAGCACAAUCUGGUGCAAUCGAUUACAAGGGUGACCUUAUGACCCCGCCUGAUGUUAAAAAGAAGGCGUAUAUUAAUCGAGUUAACAAGACCAUUCGCAGCGGUUAUGACUCAGACGAUUCUGACAUAGAUUUUGACGAUUAACAGCACUUCAGUAGUAGCUGACAACUGGAGUAUCCACAGUGUGUCUUUAAGAAAGCUAGAAUUUAAUAAGCUUGCUUAGCAAAAUCAAAUCAAUCAAAACUAAAUUAAUGAUAACAAACUUAAUUAUUAAAACAGAGUAAAAUCUUAAAGUAGUGGGAAAGCAAAAAAUAUUAGCUUAAACAAAACAACACGCAAAAAAAAAACAUUUGAUUGCGUAAACCGCCACUCAAAAACAAACUCAAGAGGCACAAACAGACGGGGCGAAAUUUAGUAUUGUCCUUAAUUGGAAUCAACUGGAAAAGACAGCGAAUCAGUACAUGCGCUAUUCAUUCACAAAUAUUUUUCCUAGGUAUUUCUUAGAAUAUUUACAAUAUUUAUUUUUUAUACUAUUACAAAAUCACUAAAAAAAUAUGCAUGAAAAACUAAUGGAACAGGUGUACCGAUAAAAUUUAUUUCUAAGGAUUCACCAAUUGUAUUCUUAUGUUCGAUUCACAAAAAAUAAAUAAUAAAAAUACUCUUACAAAAUGUUAAAUUA